GUGUGUUUGUUCAAAUUGAAAUCAACAUGUCCAGUAUAUUCAAACCUUCCUCACCAUUUUAUGUGCCAGGACAAGGCUCCUCUUCCUACUAUCAGCCAUGUAACUCAAGCGAAGAGUCAAUGGAUUCCACCUGUGAUUACGAUUCCGAUGACAGUGUCUAUCAGAGCGAGCCACUGAACCUCUCUCUUAAAGUCUCUUCGCAACCCAUGCAGGAAGAUGUGGUUCAGGAAGACGAGCCUGAGUCAGAACCUGAGUCAGGACGACCAGUCACCAUAACUGAUGAAAUGUACGCGCAGGCCGUUGAAAGUGCUCGUAAUGAUGGAUAUGAUGAAGGACGAGCAAGUUUCGCACCUGACUUGGAGUCUCUUGCUAAAAAACUAAAAAUUCCUCUUCGAGUGUUCCGAUCGAUUGAAUUUGUUAAUGGAGGCCAUGGAAUCAAGAAUCCAAGAUUUAGUGGAAAGGCUAAGCAAGUUAUUCAACCGGGUUUUGAUGGUCUGUGGAGAUGUUCAGUUUGUGUGAAACCGUUCCCUUUGCCUCGGUUGCUUAGUCGACAUUUUAACACCCAUUUAGACGAGAAACGAUUUUUAUGUACAUUUUGUGGAAAGGGCUUCAAUGAUACCUUUGAUCUUAAAAGGCACACCAGAACUCACACAGGUAUUCGUCCAUACAAAUGCGACCAUUGUGAUGAUUCUUUCACGCAAAGAUGUUCCCUGGAAACACAUGCUCUUAGAAUCCAUGGUAUUGAGCAGACAUAUGCAUACAGAGAAAGAAGGACUAAAUUGUACGUUUGCGAGGCGUGUGGACACACUACCGAUAAAUCAGAAACACAUUAUCUUCAUCUUAAAAAUAAUCAUCCUGAUUCUCCCGCUUUGGAUAAGGUCAACGACAAGCGUUUCUUCAAGUUUGAUGAUCCUGAUUUCCCAUUUGCUGAAUGAAAAUAUCAAUUCCUUGGCCAGUUUCAUUAUUAUCUGUCUCAUCAUCAGAACCGUCCACAAUUUUAUUGGUAUUUUUUGGGUGUUACCACCAUUUUGCUACUUUUUCACAAUCUCUUUUCAUCUCAAUUGGUUUAUUUGAAACAAGAAAAAAUCCA